AUGCGCGGAGUGGUGGUGGUGACUCUUCGUCUCUCUCGGCUCCAUCUUGGAUUGGCGACUGAGUGUGGAACUAUGCAACUCUGUAUUCAUGCUCAGAAUCUGCACAAGCUUGAGGUGACCGGGCAAGAAACAGUAGCUCACCUUAAGGCCCACAUCGAGUCCUUGGAGGGCAUUGUGCCUGAGGAUCAGGUGAUCUUCCUUGGUGGAACCCCCCUGGAAGAUGAUGCGGGCAUCAGUGACCUCACAAUGCUGGAGGUUGCUGUACGCAUGCUGGGUGGUAAGGUCCAUGGCUCCCUGGUUUGUGCUGGCAAAGUGAGAGGCCAGACCCCAAAGGUGAAGAAGAAGAAGAAGAAGAAGAAGAAGAAGAAGAAGAAGAAGAAGAAGAAGGAGACUGGCCGUGCCAAGAGGCGCAUGCAAUACAACCGCUUCUUUCUCAACAUUGCGCCAGGCUUUGGCAAGAAGAAGGGCCCCAAUGCCAACUCCUAA